AUGGCGUCGUCAACGGAGGAACAGCAAACGAAGGCCGACCAGAAUCAAUCUCUGAAACUCGCAAUAGCAAUGGCACUUCUUCGAUCAAAGCUCAUCCAAAACCAGAAGCCUCCUCCUCCUCCUCCUCCUACUACUACUGAUUUUCAACCCUUUUCUUCUCCGGCUCCUUCUCAACCCCAGGGCCUCAAAUGGAAACGCAAGGCGAAAGAGAGAAAACAAGAAAUUCUCAGACUCAAAGAAGACCUCAAAGAAGCCGAAGAUGACAUGCAGUGUGAUUUGUUUCCUCAAAGUGCGAAUUGCAAAUGCUAUUUCUUUGAUAAUAUGGGGAAUUCCAGCCCUAUGCGCUUUGGAGAUGGAUCUGAUAGGAGAUUCAACGACGUAUUGAGGCGAAGAUUUCUCAGUCAAGUAAGAUUGAAGGAAAGGAAGAGAAGAAGAGAUGGUUUGACAGAGAGGUUACGCAUUUCAGGUACAUGA